AAAAUCUACCCUGUGCUGUCAAUAGUGCGGUCAAAUUGCCCUUGCUGUCACACAUCAGUAUACUCUCAGGUUUUUGUACCUGAAAUUUUAGUAAUUAGAAACUUCACUGUGGAGUUACUUUGGAAAACAAACCAAGCUCUUACCUGGACCUCUGACGUUCUUUCUGUUUACCAAGCAACAGAAAUAUUUUUUUAAAGAUUGUGCAUCAAGCAAAAUGAUGACUUAAGAAAUACAAUAUCAUGAUGUAUUUAUUGAAUAGCUAUGUUUUAAAAGCCAGUUUGCUUUGUUCUUGGUAAACCAUUAUGCUUAAAAAACAAAUUAGUAUUUUUUCAACUGACCAUACCCUAUAUCUGUCCUAUGUCUCUUUUUUUCCUUUUUAUCUUUUGCUGUCUCUAACUGGAUGGGGCUGAUGGGAUCCACAAAUCACUUCAGGAGCUGGAUGAGCUUGCUGAUGAUCGUAUGGCGCUGGUCUCAGGAAUAAGCUUAGAUCCCGAAGCAGCAAUUGGAGUAACAAAGCGCUUACCCCCCAAGUGGGUGGAUGGCGCAGAUGAAAUCCAGUAUGAUAUCACCCGGGUUAAACAGAAGAUGAAAGAAUUAGCCAGUCUCCAUGAUAAACACCUAAACAGACCAACACUGGAUGACAGCAGUGAGGAAGAACGGGCCAUAGAAAUAACCACCCAAGAGAUCACACAGUUGUUUCACAGAUGUCAGAGAGCAGUCCAGGUCUUGCAGAGCAGGUCCCGUAGUUGUACAGAGCAAGAAGCACGUGUUCUCAGGAAUGUAGUGUCUUCCUUAGCACAGUCCCUUCAGGACCUAUCCACCAACUUUAGGCAUGCACAGUCUGACUAUCUCAAACGCAUGAAGAAUAGAGAAGAAAGAUCCAAACACUUCUUUGACACCUCAGUCCCUUUGAUGGAUGAUGGGGAGGAUGAUACGCUUUACGAUAGGGGUUUUACAGAUGACCAGCUAGCGUUGGUGGAGCAAAACACGUUAAUGGUGGAAGAGCGGGAACGAGAAAUCCGUCAGAUUGUACAGUCAAUCUCCGAUCUCAAUGAAAUAUUUAGGGACCUGGGAGCAAUGAUAGUAGAACAGGGAACAGUUCUAGAUAGAAUUGACUACAAUGUUGAGCAGUCAUGUAUGAAAACCGAAGAGGGUCUAAAACAACUACAUAAGGCAGAGCAAUAUCAAAAGAAGAAUCGGAAGAUGCUUGUAAUUUUAAUUUUGUUUGUUCUAGUAAUUGUCCUUAUUGUUGUUCUUAUUGGUGUAAAGUCACACUAGAUUUCACUUCAUUUUCUCAUUUUUGGAGUUUAUGUGAACUUUUUCCCCAGUGCGAGUGGGUGGACCUGCACUCCAGAAAGCUGCCUUUGAAUGUAACAGCCCUUGUGGUGCCAAGUCUGUGCAAUGUUUCUGUGGAGUUCUUCAAAGUACAAGUUUGGUGAACUGUGAGGUGUUUGUAAGGAAUAUAUGGAAAAUGUCAGGAAACUUGAUGUUCCCACACGAAUAAUUUGGCUUCCUAUGCAGAUGUAUUUGGAAACACAGUACUUAAAAAUUAUUACAAAAUUGAAGUUUACUGGUGAGUACAGUAAUUAGUGUGUUACUGUGAACAAAAAUGUGCUGUCUUCUGUGUUCUAAUGUCACAGUUGUGACAGGCUUCAAAUUUAAACCAUGGGACUAGAUAACAAAAAUUGAUCUAGGUGUAAAGUUUGUUGAGGCACAAAUAUGUUUGACUUCGUCUCCUUUCUUCCAGACUCAAAAACUCCAACAAACUGGAUAGACAGCUAAAAAAGCUUUUAGCAACCAGAACGUAGUCCAACCCCCAUGAUCUUAAUUUAGAUACUGCACCAUUACUAAGAAUCAGAGUAGUACUUGAUCUUGUAAAUAGCAAGAUUUAAUCACUGGCAUAAUUUAACACAUUUAGUUAAUUAAAAAAAUUUUCUGAGAUUGAGUAAUCACGGGAAUGUUUUUUUUUCCCUCACCAGAAUGAUGAUAUAUAUUUUUUCAUGUACUUUUUUGUUUGUUUGUUUGAAGUACAAACAUUACAUUAAAGCAGUGGUAAAGUUAAACCUAGAGAAUGGAGAUUCUCCUCUGGCUUUCUAUUCUCCCUGACCUGCUGUGGUGGGUCUCGAUGUUUCAGACUUUAGCUGUUGUGUAAGGUGUUUAUUUUACAGCCAUCUGUCCAUGUGUGUUAUGGUUUUUGAAUAAGAACUGACUCCACUACAGUACUUGUUACAUCCAUUGUCCCUGACAGAAGAUUAUUUCAAAUGCCUGCCUGGAAGAGGACUGUUUAUGGUCUCUUACUGGCGCUGAGAGAUGUCAUGCAAGUGACAUGUUACUAGGCCUUCAGCAGAGAAUUUGGGUUAUUUUCACUAUUUUUUCAGUGGAAAACUUUGCUGUAGGCCAUAAAAGAGAAAUUAGGGGAACACCUAAGUAAUAGAAUCCUCAUGACUUAAUUCAGGCCUGAAGCAGUGUGCAAUUGUAGAGGCCUUGCCUUAGUAUUUUUAAUAUGGCUUUUCUGUAUGGAGUUUUUUCCCCAAAGGGAUUGUAACUUAUUUCCUUCAUUUUCUGACGGAUGCAGUGCUCCCCAUAAACCUGCAGGAUGCUCUGCUGAAGGCCGCUGAGGUGCAGUUUGUAACGCAGUGCUGUUCCUGUGUGUCCUUUACCUGCUCCGUGCCCCAGGAGGCGGCGAGACGCGGCUUUCGCUGUGGGAGCAGGGACGGACUGAGAGCAGGGGCUGCGAAGGUGCGAAGGCCUUGGCUUUUUUUGUGGCUUCUUGUGAAAAGCUUCGUACCACUCCUGUGUCACCUUGAGACAGAGGGGAUCUGUGACUUCCAAAACUGCCUCUUCAAACCCUUGAUUAAAUUCAUGACGUAAAUUGGUAGCAGGAUGAGUGAUGCUUGUAGCUGGGUGUGCAGCUCCCUGGUCUGGUGAUGGAUCUUUUCAAUGGUCGUGAGUAGAACUACUGUCUCCCUCGUGUGCUCUCCGCAGCGGUGGGUGUGAAGCAGCCUAUUGCUAUAAUUUAAAAUACUGUAUUUGCAACUUUCUCUCUAACAUGAGAUCGUGUUAUUUAUUUCUGUCUUGACUGGUGCUUUUGACAUUUUAUCAUGGCUAAUGAAUUCAAAGAAGUAAUAAAACACUUCCAACCCAA